AUGCACCUAAAAUCAAGCGUGCCCAAGUAUCGGCUGAGUGUCAGCGCUAGUGCGGAUUACGACCCAGUCACGCCCCAAGUGGUGCCAGUCAACGGCGAGACGCUACGAAUUGACAACGAGCAUGCAACAGUGAGCCUCUGUGUCCGGAUCCAGAACUGCACCGGGUUCUCAGAUGAUUCGUCGGAGACGAGCAGCUAUUGGAAAGACCAAUACUCAAUAUCGUUCUCCGUCAUCUUUAAAGAACCCGUCAAUGGCAACAAUCUUCUUUUUGGAAACGACCUCGACCACCCUAUACGUGACCGCCUGCCACCGGGCUUCAACACCGCGCUGCGCCUGGGACAUAAAGCUGUGGUAGUGGAGGGCGCAGAGGGCGCACAGGCUACGACGAUCCGGGAGGAGUUGAAUAUCCCUAACACGCCGGCGGUACGGCGGAAACACUUUCUAGAUGAGACGAAUAGAAAGAAGUUUGACUUCGAGCCGAGCAGGAUAUACUCGGCUGAUUUUGGGGAACCCGUAUUUAUUUUUCAAUGGCUAGUGAUAACUAUAAUUGUGCUAGAUUUCUCUGUCCAUCUUCCUGGGUUCACGAUCCAUUUUAUGAGAUACGUUGAUGAGAACAACCAUGGCUUACGGUAUUCGCGCAAGGACGGUGCAACAGGUCGCAUAUACCUGGUGGUGCUCUUCACGCUUAUUCUGCGCGACACAGACGAAGAAACCGAGUAUAAGGGGUUGGAUGGAUUUAAGGGGAAGAGCGAGGUGAGCGAUGGCGGUCUGGGAAACGUGGGAUGGGAGUCGGAGCAAACGGCACCAGAGGCUGUCAUCAACGGCAUCCCAGAUGGUGUUCCAAACAUUGGUCUCCCUUAUACGAAUAUGGAGCGUGCGCCGAAUGAUUUAGGUACGCCUUUCAUGGCGGAAUUAUAUGGCGAUGCGUAG